AUGGAGAAAACACACAAUAAUGAGCAAGAGCAGGAGCCAGAGGCUCAAGAGGAAUCUAAAGAAGCCAAUAAGAAGACAUUAGAGGAGUUACUUAGCAAAUGAACUUAUGACAGAGGGUAUAUAAACCAAGAACUCUAUGCUUGUGAAACUUGAUACAAGGAGAAAGAGGAUGACCAGGACACUAAUGAACCAAAUCAGUACGGAAGAUCUGUAGAGCCAGCUGGAAUUUGCUUGCCUUGCCUUGUUAGCUGCCAUCAGGACCAUAAAGUCUAUGAGAUUUGGAGAAAAACAAAUUUUAGAUGUGACUGCGGGAAUCUAAAAUUUAACUCAGAGUGUACCCUGAACCCAGAUAAAGAUCCCUUAAAUGAUGAAAACUCCUACAAUCAUAAUUUUUAUGGAAAAUAUUGUCAUUGAGAUGAAAAAUACAAUGGAGAAGAUGAGAUGUACCAGUGUACUUAUUGUGAAGACUGGUUCCAUCCAAAGUGAUUGAAGCCAGACAUCACGGUUAAAUUAGCGGCUUCUGAUACCAAAAACGACUUAGGAUGGAAGCUUAUUUGCAGAAAAUGUUGUAAAUAAACUAGAAAACUUUCAGUGAAAAUCUUCUAAAGAUAUGUCAAAUCUCGACACUAAAGAAGCAAUGAAUCAAAGCGAAAGCUUUGAGAAGACAAAAAUAACUCGUAAAAGAAAGAGAAAUGAACUCCCAGCUCAAGAAGAUCCUCAACAAGAUCUGGAAUCAUCAGAAAUUAGUGCAGAUUCUAAGAGAUUCAAAAAUGAUGAAAAUCCAACACUUAAGAAAGAAGGAACUAAGGAGACAAAGUCUGACCAAAUCAAGGAAGAGGAAGAGAAGAAAGAAGAGUAUGAGGACAGGAUCCUUUUCGAGUCCAUUAGAGAACACCUAUGCAAAUGAAAAAGUGGGAGAUGCCAUGAUCUUAAAGAAAAGUUUUUAUCCCAAGUUAAUGCAGUCGAAAAUAUCCCAGAGGAUGAACAAGAAAUAUCAAAGGCCUUACUUGAAGAAAAGCACAGCCAUUUUAGAAUCCAAGAGCUGCUUGAAGAACCGACUGCCACUGCAACAUCUGGCUCUGCUAAAAUUAGCACUGAGAGUGAAGUUUUUACAGACAUAGCAUCCACAAAUUAUCCAAAUGUCACUCCAAUGUUCAGACAAGGCAUGCUUGAAGGACUAAAGGAGACUAUCAGAAAGGUGCUUGAUCAUGCUAUUGAAAACACAACAGAUAGUACACCGUGAAUCACUGAGACAGAUGUAGAAGUUUUUAUGGAAAAAGUAAAGAGUGGAGACAUAAAACUCCCCCAUAUGAAGAAGGAUUAAAUUCUUCCAUAAACCAUUAUU